AUGGCGAUGAACCCCGAACGGGAGAAAAUGCUCAGAGAGGCUUCCAAUCAAGAACAAGAACACGAGCCUCCAAAGCCACUACGAGUCAGGUGCAUUCGCAUCACCGGUUCAAACGUUCUAGCACUCGAAGAUGCAGAUGCUGCCGAACCCAGCUCGGACCGUCCCGGCGCAGCUACUUGGCCCAGUGUUGCGUCACAGAAACGAUCCUACGACUCGUUUGUGCAAGAAGACUUGGGGGACGUGCCGUUUGACAACCGGCUACACCGACAACGACCGCCUUUUUUCCCCCUACCGCCUCCUCCUAGUCAUGACACGACAUACCUUGCCAGCCUGCUUCAAAGUUGGACGUUGCGCCUGAAGUUGGAGCCAAAGCCGACCAAAAAGUCGGUUCCUACAUCCUCGACGCACAUGGAGCAGAUUACCAGCGUUGGACUGCUUAACCGUCUUUCGGCUUCGCAGAAAUAUGACAUGGCUCGUCGGAUUCGAAAGCUUGUCUCGCAAUUGCGGAAAAUCCCACAGAAAAAUGCGCGCCUGGGGUCCAGCAUCUCCGGAGAGUUUUCCCUCAUGUUAGACAAGCAUCAAAACAACACACACUGGGCUGUGCGUCCAGAGCCUUCGCACAGCAUGUUUAUAUCAUUUCUUAUGUCGUCCUUUUGGGACUCAGUCCCCGGUCCUGUAGGUGCCACGUUGGCUGAUCAACUUAAGCGCGAGGCGCCUCUCGCCAUGUCGCACGGCCACAUUUGUCCCCAGAACAUCAUCGUUGACAAGUUUCAAAUCGUUGCCAUUACAGGCUGGGACUGCGCAGGCUGGUAUCCAGACUGGUGGGAGUAUGUCAAGUUUUUCGAAGCCCGCACCAGUGACAAGAACUCUGACUGGUACGAGUACGCGGGCGAGAUAUUCUCGCAGGAAUUUCCCACCGAGUUGGCAAUAUACCAAGGGGUCGUUCGAUGCCAGACCCCCUAG